AUGCAGAUGCUUACAAAGUUUGAAUCAAAAAGCAACCGCGUCAAAGGAAUUGCGUUCCAUCCGAAACGACCAUGGAUUCUUGCAUCGCUGCACAAUGGGUCAAUUCAGCUUUGGGACUAUCGUAUGGGUACUCUUUUAGAACGUUUUGACGAGCAUGAUGGACCUGUUCGAGGUAUCGCGUUCCAUCCUACGCAACCACUGUUUGUCUCGGGUGGUGACGAUUACAAGAUCAAAGUGUGGAAUCACAAGACACGCCGUUGUUUAUUCACAUUGAGUGGCCAUUUGGAUUACGUUCGCACUGUUUAUUUCCAUCAUGAGUAUCCUUGGAUUAUUUCAGCAUCUGACGACCAAACGAUUCGCAUUUGGAACUGGCAAUCCAGAAGUUGUAUCGCCAUUCUUACUGGCCACAAUCAUUAUGUCAUGUCCGCCCAAUUUCAUCCAAAGAAUGAUCUCGUUGUAUCGGCUUCUAUGGAUCAAACCGUUCGUGUUUGGGAUAUCUCAGGUCUUCGCAAAAAGAACCAAGCACCUACAGCAAUGACAUUUGAAGAUCCAUUCGCACGUCAAAAUCCUCAAAGCGAUCUCUUUGGAUCAACUGAUGUUAUGGUCAAAUACGUAUUGGAGGGCCAUGAUCAUGGUGUCAACUGGGCAUCUUUCCAUCCCAAUCUACCUUUGAUUGUAUCUGCUGGUGAUGAUCGCCAAGUCAAACUCUGGAGAAUGAAUGAAACCAAGGCAUGGGAAGUUGAUAGCUGCCGUGGUCAUUUCAACAAUGUUUCGAGUGCCAUUUUCCAUCCACGCCAAGAACUUAUUCUUUCUGCUGGUGAAGACAAGACCCUUCGUGUGUGGGAUAUGACCAAGCGUACUGCCAUUGCUACCUUCCGCCGAGAUCAUGAUCGUUUCUGGGCAUUGACUUGUCAUCCAGAAUUGAACCUGUUUGCUGCAGGCCAUGACAAUGGUUUGAUUGUAUUCAAGCUUGAACGUGAACGACCAGCCCAUCAUGUACACCAAAACCAAUUGUAUUAUAUCAAGGACAAGAUUCUUCAUAUCCAUGAUUUUGCCAGCACCGCCGAUCAAGAAGUUUUGAGCGUUCGCAAACUUGGAUCGCAAUACGUUACUCCUCGUACGCUUUCAUACAACCCUGCAGAACGUGCUGUUUUGGUGACAUCGCCACACGAGGGCGGCAUGUAUGAACUUUAUCCAUUGCCCAAGAAUUUCUCUAGCGGUCUCAAAGAACCUGCUGAUGAUUCCAGACGCGGAGCUGGUCACUGUGCACUCUUUAUUGCUCGUAAUCGAUUCGCUGUUCUCGACAAGAUCAAUCAACAAAUCCAAAUCCGCGACUUGUCCAACACUGUCACCAAAUCCUUCAAGGCACCUGGUCAUGUCAACGAGAUCUUUUAUGCUGGCACCGGCAGUUUAUUGAUGGCUACAGCUACUUCCGUUAUCUUGUUUGAUAUUCAACAACGUCGUGUUACUGCCGAGUUAGCUGUUGGCAACGUCAAGUAUGUUGUUUGGUCAUCUGAUAUGUCCACUGUGGCCUUGUUGAGCAAGCAUAGUAUCACUAUUGCCGACAAGAACUUGCAACAAUUGGCACAAGUGCAUGAGACCAUUCGUAUCAAGAGCGGUACUUGGGAUGAUUCCGGUGUCUUCAUUUACUGCACCUUGAACCACAUCAAAUAUGCCUUGACCCAGGGUGACACCGGCAUUAUCCGUACGCUCGAUCAGCCCGUCUACUUGACCCGUGUCAAGGGUAGAACUUUAUAUGCUUUGGAUCGUGAUGCUAAGGUUCAGCAAAUCACCAUUGACCCCACCGAAUACCGCUUCAAGCUUGCUCUCAUCAAGAAACAAUACGAAGAAGUCUUGCAUAUUAUUCGCAACUCGAACUUGGUUGGUCAAGCUAUCAUUGCUUAUCUUCAAAAGAAGGGUUAUCCCGAGAUUGCAUUGCACUUUGUACGUGAUCCUCAGACACGUUUCGAGUUGGCAUUAGAGUGUGGUAAUUUGGAUGUUGCCUUGGAGACUGCCAAGACCAUGGACAAGCCUGAGAGUUGGAGCAAAUUGGGUGCCGAAGCCCUUAGACAGGGUAACUACAAGAUUGUUGAGAUGGCUUAUCAACGAACCAAGAGCUAUGAUGCCUUGUCAUUCUUAUACCUCUCCACUGGCGAUGACAACAGCUUGCGACAAAUGCUCAAGAUUGCAGAGCUUCGUGGUGAUUUCAGCUCACGUUUCCAAAACACAUUGUAUCUUGGUGAUGCUGAGGAACGCGUUCGUGUCCUUAAGGAUGUUGAUCAACUUCCUCUUGCUUAUAUGACUGCCAAGGCACAUGGACUUACAGAGCAAGCUGAAGCUAUUCUCGCAGCUGCUGGAAAGACUGAAGAAGAUAUUCAAGCACCCUCUGCUCCUGAGAGACCUCUUGCACCACCCAAGCCUGCUGUGAAAUUGGAAGAACCCAACUGGCCUCAAGUAGCAGUAUCCAAGAGCUUCUUUGAAGGUGCCUUUGCCAAUGAGCGUGCUGGUGGUAUUUCUUCAGCACCCGAUUUCUCGUACGAUGAUCAAUUUGAUGUGGAUGCAAACGAAGGUGAUUGGGGAGCUGACGAUGACGAGUUACCUGGUAUCGGUACCAAGCGUGCUACCAACGUGGAUGAAGAUCUUGUCGAUGUGAAUGGAUUCGAAGGCGAAGAAGAGGAAGCUGGCGGAUGGGGAGAUGAUGAUGAUGAUUUCAAGGCCAAUUUGGAUGCUACCAUCAGCCAUGUUGCAGCUGAAGAAACAGCCGAAUUCGUUGCACCCACCGCUGGCACCAAUGAAACAGCCGUCUGGUCACAAAACUCGCCACUUGCAGCUGACCACAUUGCCGCUGGUGCAUUUGAGAGUGCUAUGCAAGCUCUUAAUCGUCAAGUGGGCAUUGUCAACUUUGAGCCACUCAAGCCCCACUUUUUGUCCAUUUAUCAAGCAUCUCGUAUCACAAUGUCACCCAUGGCAUCCAACCCUUCUUUGACAUUCUAUUUGCGUCGUAACCCUGAAGAAUCCAACACACGUGCUAGCUUGCCUGUCGUUGUGCACAACUUCCAAAACAUCAUCGAUACUACAUUGCAAGCUGGCUACAAGGCGUUCACAUCAGGUCGUUUGGCAGUGGCUGCUACUGAAUUCAAAUCUACAUUGCAAUCGCUUUUGUUCACUGUGGUCAACAGCCAAGAGGAAGUGGAUCAAGUGGCAGAGCUUGUGGGUAUAUGCCGUGAAUACAUUAUUGGUCUUGCAUUGGAACAAAAGCGACGUGCUGUGGUGAACGAGGAUCCCAAAUUGGCAUUGGAGUUGGCUGCUUACUUUACCCACUGUGAAUUGAUCAGCAAGCAUCGUGUGUUCCCCUUGCGUCAAGCUGCCAAGCAAGCCUUCAAGCUAAAGAACUUCAUUACAGCAUCCCAAUUCACACAACGACUACUUGAAUUGCCACCACCUAGGCAAGUGGCUGAUGAAGCACGUCAAAUCCAAUCCGUUUGUGAGCGUACUAUGCGUGAUGAAAUCGAUUUGGCCUAUGAUCAGUAUAAUCCAUUUGUGGUGUGCAAUAUCACCUUUGAGCCUAUUUACAAGGGAUCCCCCAAGUCAGAUUGUCCAUUCUGUCACGCUUCUUACAAGCCUGAAUUCCAAGGCAAGCUGUGUACUGUGUGUGAAGUGGCCCAGAUUGGUGCUAAUGCUACCGGUCUUCGAGUGACGAUAUAA